AUGGGAACUGGGGCCCGGCCGGGACAGGACGGCGGGGCCCGGCCGGCGGGGCGGGGCCCGGCCAGCGGGGGACGGUGGGGCCCGGCCGGGAUGGCGGGGCCCGGCCGGGACGGCGCGGCGGGGCCGGGAUGGCGGGGCCCGGCCGGGACGGCGCGGCGGGGCCCGGAUGGCGGGGCCCGGCCGGGACGGCGCGGCGGGGCCCGGCCGGGACGGGGACGGCGGGGCCCGGCCGGGACGGAGCGGCAGGGGACGGCGGGGCCCGGACGGCGGGGCCCGGCCGGGACGGAGCGGCAGGGGACGGCGGGGCCCGGACGGCGGGGCCCGGCCGGGACGGAGCGGCAGGGGACGGCGGGGCCCGGACGGCGGGGCCCGGCCGGGACGGCGGGGCCCGGACGGCCGGGACGGAGCGGCAGGGGACGGCGGGGCCCGGACGGCCGGGACGGAGCGGCAGGGGACGGCGGGGCCCGGACGGCGGGGCCCGGCCGGGACGGAGCGGCAGGGGACGGCGGGGCCCGGACGGCGGGGCCCGGCCGGGACGGAGCGGCAGGGGACGGCGGGGCCCGGCCGGGACGGAGCGGCAGGGGACGGCGGGGCCCGGACGGCGGGGCCCGGCCGGGACGGAGCGGCAGGGGACGGCGGGGCCCGGACGGCGGGGGACGGCGCGGCGGGGACGGCGGGGCCCGGACGGCGGGGGACGGCGCGGCGCGGACGGCGGGGGACGGCGCGGUGGGGGACGGCGGGGCCCGGACGGCGGGGGACGGCGCGGUGGGGGACAGCGGGGCCCGGGCGGGGCGGGGACGGCGGGGCCCGGACGGCGGGGGACGGCGGGGCCCGGGCGGGGGGGACGGCGCGGCGGGGGACGGCGGGGCCCGGAAGGCGGGGCGGGGAUGGCGGUGCCCGGCCGGGAUGGAGCGGCGGGGGAUGGCGGGGCCCGGACGGCAGGGGACGGCGGGGCCCGGACUGCGGGGGACGGCGGGGCCCGGACGGGACGGCGGGGCGGGGCCCGGACGGGACGGCGGGGCGGGGACGGCGGGGCCCGGCCGGCGGGGCGGGGACGGCGCGGUGGGGGACGGCGGGGCCCGGCCGGCGGGGGACGGCGCGGUGGGGGACGGCGGGGCCCGGACGGCGGGGGACGGCGCGGUGGGGGACAGCGGGGCCCGGACGGCGGGGGACGGCGGGGCCCGGACGGGACGGCGGGGCGGGGACGGCGGGGCCCGGCCGGGACGGCGUGGCGGGGACGGCGGGGGACGGCGCGGCGGGGAUGGCGGGGCCCGGCCGGGAUGGAGCGGCGGGGGAUGGCGGGGCCCGGACGGCGGGGCGCGGCGGGGCCCGGACGGCAGGGGACGGCGGGGCCCGGACGGUGGGGCCCGGACGGCGGGGGACGGCGGGGCCCGGACGGGACGGCGGGGCGGGGCCCGGACGGGACGGCGGGGCGGGGCCCGGACGGGACGGCGGGGCCCGGCCGGCGGGGGACGGCGGGGCCCGGACGGCGGGGGACGGCGCGGUGGGGGACGGCGGGGCCCGGACGGCGGGGCCCGGACGGGACGGCGGGGCGGGGACGGCGGGGCGGGGCCCGGACGGGACGGCGGGGCCCGGCCGGGACGGCGUGGCGGGGACGGCGGGGCCCGGACGGCGGGGGACGGCGCGGGGGGGACGGGACGGCGGGGCCCGGACGGCGGGGCCGGCGGGGCCCGGAAGGCGGGGCGGGGAUGGCGGGGCCCGGCCGGGAUGGAGCGGCGGGGGAUGGCGGGGCCCGGACGGCGGGGCGCGGCGGGGACGGCGGGGCCCGGACGGCAGGGGACGGCGGGGCCCGGACGGUGGGGCCCGGACGGCGGGGCCCGGACGGGACGGCGGGGCGGGGACGGCGGGGCCCGGCGGGGCGGGGACGGCGGGGCCCGACGGCGGGGCCCGGCCGGGACGGGUCGGCGAGGCCCGGACGGCGGGGCCCGGCCGGGACGGGACGGCGGGGCCCGGCCGGGACGGGACGGCGGGGCCCGGACGGCGGGGGACGGCGGGGCCCAGCGGGGGACGGCCGGGACGGAGCGGCGGGGCCCGGCGGGGGACGGCGCGGCGGGGCCCGGCCGGGACGGCGCGGCGGGUGACGUCGGGGCCCGGCCGGGACGGCGCGGCGGGGGCCCGGACGGCGGGGGACGGCGCGGGGGGGACGGGACGGCGGGGCCCGGACGGCGGGGCCGGCGGGGCCCGGAAGGCGGGGCGGGGAUGGCGGGGCCCGGCCGGGAUGGAGCGGCGGGGGAUGGCGGGGCCCGGACGGCGGGGCGCGGCGGGGACGGCGGGGCCCGGACGGCGGGGCCCGGACGGUGGGGCCCGGACGGCGGGGCCCGGACGGGACGGCGGGGCGGGGACGGCGGGGCCCGGCGGGGCGGGGACGGCGGGGCCCGACGGCGGGGCCCGGCCGGGACGGGUCGGCGAGGCCCGGACGGCGGGGCCCGGCCGGGACGGGACGGCGGGGCCCGGCCGGGACGGGACGGCGGGGCCCGGACGGCGGGGGACGGCGGGGCCCAGCGGGGGACGGCCGGCACGGAGCGGCGGGGCCCGGCGGGGGACGGCGCGGCGGGGCCCGGCCGGGACGGCGCGGCGGGUGAUGGCGGGGCCCGGCCGGGACGGCGCGGCGGGUGA